AGCCCGCCUCGCACUGACGGACACGCGGAGGGCAGAGGGUGUGAGAAAAGAAGAACGAGAGAGAGGAAAAACGCAGAGAGAGCGAGCAGAGAGGUGACGGAAGGAAAGACGAGAAAAGCAAUAAGCAGAGGAGUGAAGACAGGAACAGGUGGAAGAGAAGAGGGAAAGACAAGGCAAGGUGCUGUGUACUGUCCACACAUCUACCCCUGUCCUGUUCCUUGAACCCGGAGCCAUCGCUGUGCCCAUCUGUCGCUCCGCGCGCCUCACUCAGUCAGCUGCGGCCAACAGGUAGACGACGAGACAGUGGACCGGAACGUCCGUCACUCCUUCGGCGCAUCAGUCAGCCGGCGAGGCCCAUCAGUGCAUCUGCGAGCUAUCAGUGUUUUCAGUUAUCUUUUUCUUAUUGGUUUGUAUAAGUUGUCACUCAGCGCAUCUCGGUCAGUAGCGGGAUCAGUCAGUCAUUGUGUCAGUUAGCAAGUCAGUAGGUGUUGUGGUCUGUCAAUCAGAUUGUCAGUGAGUCACUAGUGUGAGGAGUCCAUGGUGCAACCCCUUCAUUAGUGCAUCAGUGUGUCCAUCUGUCGCUCAGUCAGUCUGUAGCGCGGUCAGUGGUUCAGUCACCUUGUCUGACAGCCGGCGAGACGCUACUUCAAUCAGGCAUUUAGGGAAUCAGAGUCUUUCUGCUGGUCGGCUCCAGAGGGUCGCAAGCUCUAACGCCGCUGCCAUGGCCCCCAAGAAGAAGGCUGCUCGGCAGAGGAAAGCGAUGGAGGCAACGGUGGUGGACGACGGCGUCGCAGUGGUGCGGGGCGCCAAGAAGAUCGAGGAGGCUGCGCUAGACAUCGAGAAGCUAAACCGGCUGAACGGCUUGCCUCUCCCACCCGCCGUGGUCAAGCCGGGGGAAAGGGCCCUAGGGUUGGCCCUAGGUCGGGGGAGCGAGCUCACUCGGCCGCAGCACGGCGCCGCCCUGCUGGAGGAGCUGAGCCGUAUGCGCCAGGAGCGGUUCCUCACUGACCUGGAGCUGGCCAGUAAGACUAAGGCCUUCGAUGUCCACAAGCUGGUCAUCUCCUCCGUGAGCCAAUACUUCCGCGAGCUGCUGGCCAAGGAGCCCGAGCUGAAGCGUGUGGAGCUGCCCUCACUCUCACCCCUCGGCCUGGCCAACGUGAUCACCUUUGCGUACCUGGGUCGCGUCCACAUGUCGCUGUACACCAUCGGCUGCACGGUGUCGGCAGCCAGCGCCCUGCAGAUGCCCCAUCUCCUGCAGCUGUGCGAGGACUUCCUGCUGGGAGAGCUCAACGUGCAGACGUGCGUCUACGUGUGGAACAUUGCAGCGGCCUACGGGCUGGGCGCGGUGCGCGAAGCCUCUCGCCGCUUCCUGCUGGAGAACUUCACCCAGUUCGCCGAGACCCCCCAGUUCACCCAGCUCACCCUGGAGCAGAUCACUGCCUUCCUGCAGGACGAUGGUCUCCUGCUGCCCUCAGAGGUCACCGCCUUCCAGGUGGCCAUGAAGUGGCUCGACUUUGACCCGAAACGCCACCCCCACGCGGCGGAGCUGCUGUCCCACGUUCGCUUCGAGAUGAUCCCAGCUAGUGAGUUGGUCAGCCAGGUGCAGCCGGUGGCUCGCAUGAUGCAGGACGCACAGUGUCACCGCCUGCUGGUGGAAGCCAUGAACUACCACCUGCUGCCGCACCAGCAGAACACCCUGCAGUCGCGACGCACCCGCCUCCGAGGGGGGCAGGACGCGCUGCUGACUGUAGGGGGAAGGCCAUCCCUCACGGAGCGCGCUCUGAGCCGCGAGGUGCUAUGGAGGGACCCUCGUGAGGGCGUGGCCACCUGGCGCCACCUGGCACAACUGCCUGCCAAGAGCUUCAACCAGAGUGUAGCAGUUAUGGAUGGUUUCUUGUAUGUGGCGGGAGGAGAGGACCAGAAUGAUGCUCGGAACCAAGCCAAACACGCAGUCAGCACUCUUAGCAGAUACGAUCCCCGCUUUAACACCUGGCUGCACCUGAGCAGCAUGCGGCAGCGGCGCACACACUUCAGUCUGGUGGCCACCGGGGGGCGCCUGUAUGCCAUCGGCGGCCGCAACACGGAGGGGCUGCUGGCAACUGUGGAGAGCUACUUGCCGUCAUCCAACAGCUGGCAGCCACGUGCCCCACUGGAAGUGCCACGUUGUUGCCACGCCAGCGCCGUGCUGCCCUCUGGCGAGAUCUUGGUGACCGGUGGCUACGUCAGCCGCGCCUACUCCCGCUCAGUGGUCAGCUACAACCCCGAAACUGACACCUGGGUGGAGCGGGCGGAGCUGUCGACGCCACGCGGGUGGCAUUGUGCGGCGACGCUGGGCGGAAAGGUAUAUGUGGUGGGAGGCAGCCAGCUGGGGCCCGGUGGGGAGCGGGUAGAUGUCCUCGCCCUGGAGGUGUUCUCCCCGGAGAGUGGGGAGUGGAGUUACGGCACGCCGUUGCCUGUGGGCGCCAGCACGGCCGGCCUGGCGCCCCUCGGGGGGCAGAUCUACUUGGUUGGGGGCUGGAACGAGGCCGAGAAGCGGUACAAGGCCACGGUUCAGCGCUACGACCCCAAAACCAACAGCUGGGCCACCACUGAGGAGCUGCCGGAGCCCACGGUGGGCGUGUCCUGCUGCUCGCUGACCCUGCCCCCACGCCACACCCCCCGCAGGCAGAGACUCCCCGGCCCAGUUACCGCCUCCGAGGAACAACAAUCGCGAGACGGCAGCGUGGCCUCAGCGCCCACUAGUGGCUGAGAGAGGUAGAGGUGGAAGGAGAGGUCGAGAGAGGGAGGUGGAAGGGGAGCGAUAGGAGAGAAGG